AUGUCUUCAGCUAUGUUAGCUCGAACUCCAAAUGUUGCGCGAAAACUUGAUAAAAAUAAACUUUAUUUAAUUGGUCCUAAUUUUUGGAAUGUUCGAGGUCACUUUAGAGUUUUAAAAGUGAUUGAUAUUGAAACACAAAUGUCAAUAAUACAAUUGCGCAAUGGAAAAUUUCUUAUUAUUGAUACAAUUGAUAUGAAUGAUCGUCUUCGACAAGAAAUUGAUAAUUUAACAAAUCAUGGAGAAAAUAUUGAAGCUGUUAUCGGUGUCCAUCCAUUUCAUACAUUAUCAUUUGCAGCUUUUUAUCAAGCAUAUCCAAAAGCAGCUUAUUAUGGUACACCAAGACAUUUACGUCGAUUAACUGAAAUUCCAUGGACUGGAGAUCUUAAGGAUAGUACAGUUAGAAAAAAAUGGGAACCAGACGUUGAAAUGCGUAUUCCAGCAGGAGCUGAAUUUAUUGAUCCUCAACCUGAAGGAACAAAUCAUUUCAUAAGUGUUUUUGUUUAUCAUUCACCAUCUCAAACUCUUCAUGUUGAUGAUACAAUCAUGUAUGCUGAAAAGCCUGGGUUUUUAUUUAGAUUACUUGGUUGUAAACAUGGUUCAAUUGCAUUUCAUCCAUCAAUUAAAACUUAUGGUCUACAUCCAACAAGUGAUGCACCAUAUGUAUUUCGUGAUUGGAUGCGUACUGUACUAUGUGAUUGGCCUUUCGAAAAUAUGUGUUGUGCACAUUUGGGUGUUAAAAUCGGCGGAGCAUUUCUUGAUGUUGUUACCUUACUUAAUGAUACUGAACCUUUAUUUGCUAAACUUAGUGAAGAAAAUAAUAAAAAAAAAUUUGAAGAUACAAAACCAUCUGAAAAUCAUCCGAACAUGAAUAUUUCUCGUAAUGAAUGCGGAUAA